AGAGAGAGGUGGGAGGGAGGGAGGAUUGAUCCGCGUCUGUUAAAAUCUUGUUCUGGUUUUUCUUGGAGUGAGGUCUGUGCCUGCCGACGCGCCUCUCCUGUGCAGCCCCCCUCGAGAAGAGCUUCUUUUUUUAAGAAAAGAAACCUUGGAAUUUUUUGAAAGGGAGAAGAAUCUACAUAAUACCAGUGAAGUGGAUAAAAGCGCACGGCUGGAUUCUUUUUGCGUUCCCUCAUUCGUUUCCUCCUCUGGUGCCUGAAUGAAACAGGGAAACAGAUAUAUGGGAAAGAGGAGCUGUGCAGGUUUUGCACUGGGAGUCGAUCUGUCAGUGAGAUUUUGCGUAAACAUGUUUCCUGCGAGCUCGCGUUAACUUUUAGUCCUUCUCAAACUGCUGAACUCGACUCCGUUCCUCUUCCACCGCGGAGUUGGUUUUUCUCGGAACGAAGAGACUUUGGUGUUUUCCCCCCUUCAGAGAAACUGCUUAAACUUUCUGCGUUUGAAAAAAAUAAAUAAAUAAAAAGAUCGGAUUGCAUUUUCCCCCUUCAAACAUUUUGGAGGUGAUGUCAUCGUGCUGUGUUUUGGCAGGUAUUGUGUCGAGAGGGCGCAGGGAGGACUACUGCAGCCAGGCGGUAACCAGCGGCUGAGGAAAGCGGGGAAGUCCGGAAAAUCAGGUGCAAAGUGCGGCUGUCAUUUCCUCGCCGUGUCGCGGGUGGCUGAGUCCGCCACCCAGUCACAGCUGUUCCCAUCAUCUCCAGCCACCCCUCCCUUACUCAUCUUUCUUUCCCCUUUAUUUUCCCCUCCCAUUCUCAUUCAGCACUCUCCAUAUACCCCUCUGAGCUGGACCGCUCUGGGACCUUAUCACCCACUUUGUCAAACGCUGUUGGUCGGUGUCACCUGAGCCACAGACCAGUUGAGUCAGCGUGGGGGCGCAGACAUGACCGUGCCCACCUUGCAUUACCCUGCGCCCGCAGAGCAACCUUCUCCAGGUCGCAGUUUCCUCCACCAGCACGCCCAGGUACCCCACCUCCAACAGCAUCUGACCCUGCUCUACUGGGACUAAACCUGCCUCCUGCUCCCGUCUGCGGCGUGGCAAACAACCCGUCUCAUCCCAGCAACCACAUAACUCAUUUUGGUGUCCAGGAGCCUGCUGUUACGCUUAAACGUUACGCAUUGGAUUACACAAAAGAUUACGCACGCGCCGCAUCUGUUCACUCGGCCAAGCAUCACUCUGAGGGUCAACAGGGUCGAUUGGAAUUGGCUAUCUGUAAGGCGUGAGCGCGCUUUCACCUGUUCCUCUCUUUGUCGGGUACGCGCAGCGAGCGUUUAAAAUUCUAACCCUUUGCUCCCCCGCCCAUCCGUUCCUUCCCCGGUCUGGACAGCUGUUAAGAGGUUGCCCGGCGGUCACAGUGGCACAGUUCACCCAGCUUCAGACCCCAACUUGCCCGUGCCCGCACAUUUACUUACGCCGGGGCAACCGGGGCACAACGCCGCCGAUGCCAACGGGAGUGUCCGCUCACUCUUUGACUCUGCACAACAUCCACCGGAUUCAAAACACAGAGGGGGACUCUGAGCCACUCUGUCGGACUGGCUCAAACCGAGCAAGGAGACUGUCUCUGGGACAAGUUCCAUAGUGGAGGGGGGAAGCAAUGUGGUCCCUUCUUUCCACGCUGACCGUCUUAUGUAUCCAGAUGUUGCUGGUGAUGUGCAAUCCAUUACAGCAGGUACUUGGUAUGGAUGGAGUCAACUUCAGUGUGCAUGUGGAGAACCAGACACAGGUGCGAGACACCAUGAGUCGGCGACACCACCGAGUAUACCAGCUCUACAGCCGAACCAGCGGCAAGCACGUCCAGGUGCUGGGACGCAAAAUCAGUGCCCGGGGUGAAGAUGGAGACAAAUAUGCCCAGCUCGUAGUGGAGGCUGAUACCUUUGGUAGCCAGGUGAGAAUCCGUGGCAAAGAAACCAAUUUCUACCUGUGCAUGAACCGCCGUGGGAAGCUGGUAGGAAAGAAGGCCAGUAAUCGAAGUGCAGACUGUGUCUUUGUGGAAAAGGUCCUAGAAAACCACUACACAGCUCUAAUGUCAGCGCGCUACACGGGCUGGUAUGUUGGCUUUACUAAAAAAGGGCGUCCUCGCCGUGGUCCGCAGACGCUUCCCAACCAGCAGGAUGUACACUUCAUGAAACGCUUCCCACCGGGAGAGCAGCCUGACCUCACCACUCCAUUUCGCUUCACCACCGUCAGCAAGCGGGGCAAGAGGGUGCGCGCUACUGGGCCCCGCUAGUUGUGGCUAACUCUAGCACCCACUGUCUUGUCAUCCAAAGCCUUGACCUGAGCCUGCCAAUAGCUAACCCUUUCAUUCCUUCUGUCACACACGACUGAACACUUCCCUUUGUUGGGAAAAACAUUGACCAGAAUAUUAAUGAAUCAUUCAUGGGGUUUAGCUCUACACCUGAUUUGCCACUACAGCCUCCCUAGUUAAUGAUCAUUCCUCUCAGUUUAAGUUCCCCUUACUGGACCAACGAGACCAAUAAUUGGUCCCAUGCUGGAAGCUCUUUGGACCUGGUAUGCUUCCCUUCAUUUUCUAGAUACACUGACAGUGAACCUGAAGGGCAGCCAGAGUCCGUGGGGUCUACAAAGGCCUUUAGUUCACAACCACAAAAACCACAAGGCCUUUGUGUCUCCUGUUCUGUACCAGCUGGACAAUGUCAAGUAUGGGAUUACAACUGGACCAUGCAAAACAGACAAGGGUGAGAAAGACUGACUGAACAAGAGAGUGGGUGCUUAGCCUGCAGAUAAAGGGAAAGAAUGAUGGAGAAGACAUGAAAAUGGUGGAAUGGACAAAAGGGAUAUAGUGAUCUGCUCAGAUCAAAGGGACCAGUAAUGGACUGUUGACAUGUGUCGCACUUAUUUGUCUCACUGCUAAAUUAGUGCCAUCCUGUGAGGCUAUUGGGUGAAUGGCAGGGUGAACGAGGGAAUGUUCGAAUGAGUGGCUUCCUGAAUAAUUGCAUGUUUGCAAGAAGUCAAUGAGAAAUGUAUGUUAGAGUGUGUGUGUCUGUGAGUGAGCGAGUGCAACAACCAUGAGUGAAGCUGGAUCACGGGGGACUCUGGAAAGGGACCAUGUAGUCCCUGCAUGAACCUGUGACAACUCACCGCAGGGACUGAAGCUUUAGGAACUGGAAUGUAUAAGAAAAAAAAUACACAAAAAAAACAAGCUGCACCAAAAACAGCCAGCAAAAUCACAGCAAAACCAAACUAACAACUGACCAAAGACAACUGGAAGACAACCUUCUUCAUGAAUCCUCCCCCCCAACAGGACAUGACAUCCUUAGCCUUUAGGCAGAGAGGAUGAUGAGUGCCGGGGCCGAGCCCGCCGGGGAGGGUGCCUUUUCUUUUAGCAUCGCUAUGGAAACGACCCAGGGGAUGAUGCUCCUGUGCGAUACCGUGGAUACAGAGUGCUGCUACCAGGACAUUCAGUGGAACAAACCAAAGUCUCAUGCAUAAACACAGGAGAAAAAAAUAUUAAAGGGAACAAUUUAUUGAAAGUUCUAUAUAUAUAUUAUAUAUAUAAAAGAAGACAGAAACCCUAAAUAAGCAAUCUUACUAUGAUGGUUACUAUAAUUAUUAUGAUAAAAUUAUUUCAUUUAUUUAUUUCAGCUCUGUGUGCAGCAGUCUUUCUCGACUCAGUAAACCUUACAGAAACAUUUUCUUUGUCUCCCGUCCUCAUUCAACUUCUUCUUCACCUGCUACGUUCUGUUUAAAGGGCCACUUUCACAGACACGCCUGAUCUGAUCUUCUAGUGAUUAAUACGUUGUUUGAAAACCUAUCACUUGGCAGCCUUUUUGUUUUAAUUUAAAGAUUAAAUAUCUAAGUAAUUUAUUUAGCCAAAUAUUAAAAGUUUUGUAAGUUCUAGCUACUGUAAUACAAUGGGUUGAUAGCUUUCUGUGUUUUAUAUCAUUUAGAACGUGUUUUUUCAGGUUCAGGUUCAGGCUCACCUCUACGUAGAUUUGGUCUGCAUUAAGGGUCCUCACAUGCAGAUCUUCUGAACAAACAGACAAAAGAUAAGCUAAAUACAACACACUGAGAUAGAUAAAUUAUAACAGAACCUAUGCAGCAUCAUGUAGGAUUGGAAAAUUAUGACUUCUUCGUCUGAGUGGUAGCUGCUGGAAUAAAGCUGUUUUUUGUUGUUCUAUACUUUGGCAUUAGAAGCCUUUCUACAAGAGGAAGAGAAACUCACUAUGCAAACUGGUUAAGUAACACCAGGACCCAGCUAACCACUGUAACUGUCUAGGCCACAUCUACUGGUAUCUGGGUUCAACUGCGGGUCACCAAUCAGCCUCUGAGACAAUUUAACAAUUUGAGUAAGAGCUCUGUUCUUUACAGAUGAAUAUUCACACCAUGAGACACACACAGACACACACACAAAGACAAAAUAGUCUAAAUAAAACUAUGAUAAAAUAAUGGAUUUAAAUAACAGAUUCAUCACUGUUUGGUUUUUGGACUGAUUGAAAAAGCUAAAUCUCAAGACGUCACCUUUGAUUGAAAAGCUUUAGAAGGCAUUAGGUUUGAGCUCCAUAAGCUAUGAUCAGGUCAAUCCUCAUGUUUGUUUUGUUUUUAUGUAAGAUGCCCUGCUUUUUGCAACCCUCAAGGGAUUUGUGUGCCCUCCCAGAAUCAAACCAGCUCUCUUUUAUUUAUUAGGCAAAUGUGUAAACCACUACACUAUGUAGUCAUAGGUUUAAUCUCUUUUUUAUGUUUGUUGGAGAGUUCCUGAUCUAAUGCUGUAAACCUGAGACGAGCAGGGUUUGCAGUAUGUAACUUAAUGUUUUAAGCAUGCAGGAGAUAAAUAUCACAAUAACAGUAUCAAGUAUUUUGAUAUAAAAUUAUAACUUACAACAACCAAUUUUGCCUAUUUGUAUGAGGCUUACUUUUUGCAUUUAUAACAAGAUACUGACUGCAAAUUAAAAUUUGUUGAUAGCACCCACAUUAUUUUAUUCAUUUUUUUUAUUAAACUAUAAAAGUUUUGAAAGGGUUUCUGAGCAAAUACCACAGGAAUGCUGAGUAAUGGCAAGAACCUGCCUCUUUUUCACCAGCCAGGUUUGGGAGGUACAGUGAAGUUCAAAUGCAAGUUGAAAUACAGCAACAAAAAUACACCGUCCAAAGUAGAAGUUCUUUUACCAGCAGAUUUCUAACAGAGUCAAGGUGCAGGGGACUAAAACCUCGGCAGAACAGGUUCUUAAGUUUUCAUAGUUAGUAUGGGCUGAAUUAGUCACUGUAGCUCAGACAUUAAAAUGCAUGGAAAAUACAUCUCUAAGAUUUACCAGCCUAACACAGGAACCCUUUGAAAAUACUUAAAAAAAACAUACUAAGCAUUAGUUGCUGUGCAGAAACCAGCAGUCACUUCCCUGCUGUAAAGUUUUGCAGUCAAUUUCCAUCAUGGAGGAUCAGACAAGAAGCAGUAGUGAGAUACAGUUUCAUAGUUGCCUCUUUGCUCAUCUUAUCCCCCAUCCCUCCCCUUCCUUCCCUAUCCUAGCAGGAGGUCAGUGAAAAGAUGUCACUGCCAAAUGACCCAAUCAUGUCUGCAGACACAAACAGCUGACUCAGGGGGAAAAAGGGUUGUACCAGAGGAUUCCUGUUGCAAAGCAGCAGGAAUCUGUACUGGGGGGCUGUACAAGGAGGAGACAGUGAGGUGGGAGGGAUAGGAUAGGAUAAAGACAAGUGAGUAGGGGGUGGUGGCGGCGGGGCGAGCUGUUCAUUUUUGGAACGUUGCUCCAGUUCCACUCGGGAAUGAUGGAAAUAUUCCGCAUAGCCAAACCCGGAGUGGAAGGUGUAUGGUAAUCAUGUCGAGGAAGGAAUGCCAAAUAUGUGCGUGAGAACGGAGCUGUGACCUGAGAGCUGCAGGAAUUAUGGGCCAAAAUCCCACAGACCCAGAGGAAGCACACACACCCAUAUCCAACACAUACACACAUCAUAUAUUAAUGGUGCUCCACCAAGCACAAAUCCAUCCCACAUAACUUAUUCCCAGAAUUUGAAACAUUCUACUAUACUGAACUAAACCCAGAAAUGAAGAAAACCAACCCCCUCAGCAGGCCACCUCCCCUCCUUCUCCUCCUCCUAGAGAAAACACACUGCACAAUAACAAAUGUAUUAUAGAACUCAACUACACUACCCAGAGCUUUGCUAGAAAUCUUCCACUGUAAGCAUUUUAAAGUAUACAUCCCUCCUUCACAGUUAGUGUUUACAACAGUGGGCAUGUGAUCUGCUGUAACAGGUUGUUUAGACUCCAAACCUGGCUACCCAACAGUCAGAGAGGCACAGUCUCAUAAACAGAUCGGCCUGUAGGAGAAAGCUGAGUUUAUACCCCCACCUGGUGGCUGUAUUCAAUACUUGAACAGUAGCAACAGGGAAUACAACCUCACCAGCAUGUAUUCCUUUCUUUAAAAAAAAAAAAAAAAAAUCUAUAUCUUUGCCAAGAUGCAAACUGGCUUCCGUUAAAUUCAAAACUCUCAGCCACUGGCACUCAUUUUCUGAGUGCCUUCAUUAAUUGGAGACUGAAAUUAAUAUAAGUGAUCACUAGUAGGGAGAACUGAUAAUUUCCCCAUGGAUUUUAAGUUACACAUUUUGUACUCAAAUUUUGUACAGUACCUAAUGUACAUGUUGAGGACGAGGUGUGCUCUUAUAAUGCUUGCCAUCCUUUUAAAUUUUUAAAAUAACAGGAAAAAGAAAACGCAAUGGGGUAAAAGAUAAGUACCUGCCAAAGGGCUAUGUUCCAUGUUGACAGACAGUAUUUACAUGCAGCAUUCUUUCAGAUUUGCAUGUAUCGCAAACAAUGUGUGUCUGCAAGCAAUCUGAUCAAAAUACAUUAAGUGUCAUUGUGUGUAAGGGUAUUUUUGUCUUCUUGUAGGUAAGAACAGCUACUUCCAUCCCAUCUAGCCUGUUUACAAUAUACUUUAGAUAAAGGCCUAAUGAACUCUUAGUCAGAUGGAGAGGCAGUGCAACACACACAUACACCACACGUACCAUCCACACAGACGAGAACAGAUAGACAACUAGACACUCAUUCAUGUUACAGUUGGCUCAACACUCCACCACUGUCAAGUACUUUAUUCACAAUAAGGUCAUUUUCUUCUUUAAAAAAUCAUUUUUAAUAUACAACACAAUUUUUGACAAGACAACUCCGUUUACAGCUAAAUUUGAGCUCUUGAAUUCCAGCUUCUCUCAUAACCAAAGCAAGCACGAUGAUGAUGAUGAUGUAAGGAGAGAAAGAUGGUGUGAAAGGGACAGAAGGACAAGAGGUCAAGAUUAGAAGAAAGAAUGAGGAAGAAGACAGAGAAAGAGCAAGAGGGUGGGAAGAAAGAGGACUACGCUUAGUAUGAUUUUUUUUUUUGUACUAAGAACCAAAAAUACUCAAAUAAAAUUAGAAAAUAACAGUAAUAAAAAAGAAAAGAGAAGAGUUUAAGAAAAAAAA